AUGUUCAUCAUCGUGGAGGUCAAAGUGGACCUGGAGAACCCCCCCACGUUGGAUGUUCAUCAUCGUGGAGAUCAAAGUGGACCUGGAGAACCCCCCCGCGUUGGAUGUUCAUCAUCGUGGAGGUCAAAGUGCUCCUGGAGACCCCCCCCAUGUUGGACGUUCAUCAUCGUGGAGGUCAAAGUGCUCCUGGAGAACCCCCCCGUGUUGGACGUUCAUCAUCGUGGAGGUCAAAGUGCUCCUGGAGACCCCCCCCAUGUUGGACGUUCAGCAUCGUGGAGGUCAAAGUGCUGCUGGAGAACCCCCCCAUGUUGGACGUUCAUCAUCGUGGAGGUCAAAGUGCUCCUGGAGAACCCCCCCGUGUUGGACGUUCAGCAUCAUGGAGAUCAAAGUGCUCCUGGAGAACCCCGCCACAUUGGACGUUCAUCAUCGUGGAGGUCAAAGUGGACCUGGAGAACCCCACCACGUUGGACGUUCAUCAUCGUGGAGGUCAAAGUGGACCUGGAGAACCCCCCCCGUGUUGGACGUUCAUCAUCGUGGAGGUCAAAGUGCUCCUGGAGAACCCCCCCGUGUUGGACGUUCAUCAUCGUGGAGGUCAAAGUGGACCUGGAGAACCCCCCCAUGUUGGACGUUCAGCAUCGUGGAGGUCAAAGUGCUCCUGGAGAACCCCCCCUGUGUUGGACGUUCAUCAUCAUGGAGAUCAAAGUGCUCCUGGAGAACCCCCCCAUGUUGGACGUUCAUCAUCGUGGAGGUCAAAGUGGACCUGGAGAACCCCCCCCCCGUGUUGGACGUUCAGCAUCGUGGAGGUCAAAGUGCUCCUGGAGAACCUCCUCUCCGUGUUGGAUGUUGAUCAUCAUGGAGGUCAAGGUGGACCUGGAGAAACCGCCCAUGUUGGAUGUUGAUCAUCAUGGAGGUCAAAGUGCUCCUGGAGACCACCCCGCCACGUUGGACGUUCAUCGUCACGGAGGUCAGGGUGCUCCUGGACACUGGGGUCCCUCGCUUGGACAUUGGGGUUCCUGACCUCUCCCCACCCUGUUUGGCUUCGUUAGGCCCCCCCCCUCGUUACCGGAGCGGGGCGCCACCCUCAUUAAAGCUGCAGCUGGUGCCGA